AGGGUGUAAGCUGCCAACCGCCCUGCCAACCAAGCUUCAGUUUCUGGUCCUACACUGACAGUUGCCAAAACUUUUGCUUGCACAAUUGGUCGUGAAAAUGGUAAUGCUCUAGAAUUCCGAGGUUGAAAACACAGGAACAAAACAGAGUAAAACCCUAACCCGCUUGCUGUCCCACGAUCACGAAUUCACAUGUGGGGAUUUCCGAUCCCGAGUGGGGUCCCACUUCUUGGCGCCAUUGGCCAAUCACCGACUGACUGGCUGUUCUUUCCGUCGGCAUGAUGAACGGUACCGGUACAGUAAGCAUGGAGGUUACACGGUGACUACUGAGCGAACUUCUUGAACCGUCGUAGCAGCGGUGUCGAGAGUCGCUUGCAUCGAUACUGCUCGCUCUUGGCAAGAUGACGUCCCCGGGCGACGACGACGACGGCAAUAAAAACGCCACGGAGCAGACACCGCUGCUAGUUGCCGUUGCGCAAGAUGCCGGCGCUGACGACCAACAGCAAGACGGCAAUGGCAUCCGUUGGGAUAAUGAUCAUGAUGCCCAUGGCGUCGAUGACAAGCCAUUGCCCUUGUUCCAGAUCGCCGUGCUCUGCUACGCGCGCUGGGUCGAGCCGGUCGCCUUCUUCUCCAUCAUCCCGUACAUCAACCAGAUGGUCCAGGAGAAUGGCAAGCUCGCCGACACCGACAUGGGCUUCUACAGCGGCCUGAUCGAGUCGCUGUUCUCGCUCACCCAGAUGGUCGUCAUGGUCCUCUGGGGCCGAGCCGCCGACCGCUUCGGCCGCAAGCCCGUGCUCGUCGUGUCGCUGGCCGGCGUGUCCUUGGCCACGGCGCUCUUCGGCAUGGCCAAGACCAUCUGGCAGAUGAUCCUCUUCCGCUGCCUCGCCGGCGUCUUUGCCGGCACCAUCGUCACCAUCCGCACCAUGAUCUCGGAGCACAGCACCGCCAAGACCCAGGCCCGCGCCUUUAGCUGGUUCGCCUUCACCGGCAAUAUGGGCAUCUUCGCCGGACCGCUCCUGGGCGGUGCGCUCGCCGACCCUGCGCGGCUGUACCCCGGCGUGUUUGGGAACGUCCGCUUCUUCCUCGACUACCCCUACGCUCUCCCGAGCAUAGUCGUAGGCGCCAUGGGCCUAUCCGCCCUCGUCGUCACUGUGUUGUUUGUCGAAGAGACCCUCGUCAAGCGGCCCGGCGGUGGCGGCGGCAGCAACGAAGAAUCCGCCGCAGCCAAACCCAAAGAAUUAUCCACCCACGAGCUGACCAAAUCCCCCGGGGUGCGCGUGGUGCUCUACACGUAUGGGUACAUCAUGCUGCUCGCCUACUCCUACACCGCCCUCGUGCCCGUCUUCUGGGCCACCAAAGUCUACCUCGGCGGCCUGGGCUUCAGCUCGCUAGCGAUGGCGCUUAUGAUGGGCUUGUCCGGCCUCUCCCAGUCCAUCUGGAUCCUGCUGGUUUUUCCACCGCUGCACCACCGCAUCGGCACCAACGGCGUGCUCCGGGCCUGCGCGAUCGCAUACCCCUUCUUCUUCGCCGGCUACCCGCUCUUCAACGCGCUCCUGCGGCUCGACACACCCGCGACCGUCACGACCUUCUGGGUCGUCGCGCCCGUCCUGCUGGCCCUGGGCUGCGGCGUGAGCAUGUCGUUCACGGCGAUCCAGCUGGCGCUGAACGACGUCUCGCCCAGCCCGGCCACCCUGGGCACGCUGAACGCCCUCGCGCUGUCCAUCUCCAGCGGGGUGCGCUCGUUCUCGCCCGCGCUGUUCACGACUCUGUUUGCGCUGGGUGCCCGCACGCAGUGGCUGGGCGGUCAUGCCAUCUGGGUGGUGAUGACUGCCCUUGCGCUGGGGUUUACGGUGUUGAGUCGGUAUAUGCCGGAUUAUGCUGAGUUAAGGAGGCGGAGGGAGAGGGUUGAUGCCGGGGGGGGUUGAAGAGGGAUGGUUCUAUAACAGCGUAGGUGAAAACAAAAGACUCCGUGUUACUGGGUAGCGCUUCUUCGGGUAACCAGAUAUGAUAUAAAUAGGACAUGGUAUAAAGUCUUGGGA